CCCAGCUGUCCGGGCGGAGCGAGCGGCGAUGUAAUCGCCCCGCAGAGAGCGCGGUGGCGGCUCAUCUGUCCUUGGGAAUUGGCAGGGCCGAGUGGGAGGGGCCGGCUUAUUGUUAAGUGUCUCAGCUCAACCCCGGAGUUAAUGUUUAACGAGGCAGGCGGCUGCCUUAGUGGGGGUCCACCUGCUUUACCUGUGGGGUGAGCUGUGUCACCUCGCACCAGGAUGUUUGGCCUUUGGGCCCAGGGGUUACCAGUGACACAUGCCUGGCCACAGGGUGACCCACUGCCCUCUUGCAGGUCAGAGUGGCGCCGGCAACAACUGGGCCAAGGGGCACUACACGGAGGGUGCCGAGCUGGUGGACUCCGUCCUGGACGUCGUGCGGAAGGAGGCCGAGAGCUGCGACUGCCUGCAGGGCUUCCAGCUGACGCACUCGCUGGGCGGGGGCACGGGGUCCGGGAUGGGCACGCUGCUCAUCAGCAAGAUCCGGGAGGAGUACCCCGACCGCAUCAUGAACACCUUCAGCGUGGUGCCCUCGCCCAAGGUGUCGGACACGGUGGUGGAGCCCUACAACGCCACCCUCUCGGUCCACCAGCUGGUGGAGAACACGGACGAGACCUACUGCAUCGACAACGAGGCCCUCUACGACAUCUGCUUCCGCACCCUCAAGCUGACCACGCCCACCUACGGUGAUCUGAACCACCUGGUGUCGGCCACCAUGAGCGGGGUCACCACCUGCCUCCGCUUCCCUGGCCAGCUCAACGCUGACCUGCGCAAGCUGGCAGUGAACAUGGUGCCCUUCCCCCGCCUGCACUUCUUCAUGCCCGGCUUCGCCCCGCUCACCAGCCGGGGCAGCCAGCAGUACCGUGCCCUGACGGUGCCUGAGCUCACCCAGCAGAUGUUCGACGCCAAGAACAUGAUGGCCGCCUGCGACCCCCGCCACGGCCGCUACCUGACCGUGGCUGCCGUGUUCCGGGGCCGCAUGUCCAUGAAGGAGGUGGACGAGCAGAUGCUCAAUGUGCAGAACAAGAACAGCAGCUACUUCGUGGAGUGGAUCCCCAACAACGUGAAGACGGCCGUGUGCGACAUCCCGCCCCGGGGGCUGAAGAUGUCGGCCACCUUCAUCGGCAACAGCACGGCCAUCCAGGAGCUGUUCAAGCGCAUCUCCGAGCAGUUCACGGCCAUGUUCCGGCGCAAGGCCUUCCUGCACUGGUACACGGGCGAGGGCAUGGACGAGAUGGAGUUCACCGAGGCCGAGAGCAACAUGAACGACCUGGUGUCCGAGUACCAGCAGUACCAGGACGCCACGGCCGAGGAGGAGGGCGAGUUUGAGGAGGAGGCCGAGGAGGAGGUGGCCUAGAGCACCUGCUACCGGAAGCGUGAGAACUCUUUAUUCACUCUCAGUCUGUCCUCAUGAUCCUGUCUCACUGUGUGCACUGCUCUUCUUCCUGUCUUGACAUCUGAGUUGUACAGACACCAUUAAAGCAUUUUCAUAGUG